AGCUUUUUCUGCAUCUAUUGAAAGAAUCAUGUGGUCUUUGUUUUUGCUGUUAGAUUAUUGACUGAGGUCAUGCUGCUAGUAAGAGGCCCAGGUAGGAUUUGAGUCCAGGUCUGUCUGGUCCCAAAGUCUUGAUUAAUACCAAUGCAUUAAUGCUAAUAAUUCCCUUAGUUAACAAAUAUCAUAAUGAAUUGAGAGCCCAAAGAAGAGCAAGCUACUGUCCUUGCCCUUAAGUUGCUCUUAGUCUAGUCAUAGGGAGCAUUCACGUAAUCUAAUUAUAAGGCAGUGUGAUAAAACUCUUACAGAAAUAUGUUCAAAGCUAUCGAAGCACAACAAUGAGUUUUUUUGGUUAUACGUUGGAGAGCUGAAGGCAUCACAAAGGAGAUGAUAUUGAAUUUGAGUAGUCCUGACUGCUUUGACUACUUCUAUCAUUAGUUUUAUGGUGCAACAGCAUUUAGGGCAUAGGCAAUAUCACUAAUAAAAGCAGAGACAUACAAGUACUUGGGUCACUCAGGUAAUGUUGAGUGUGAAGUUAUGGCUGAUGCAUGGUAGAGAAGGACGAUGUCCAGAGAUAAGGUUAGAGACUGAGGUUGGCACUCAGUUUUGAAGGAUCUUGUAGCUAUGCUAAGGAUUUUGGGUGCACCUCUAGAAGCAUUAGUGAGGCAAUAAACAUCUUUAAGCCAGAGAAUGACAUAAUGUGGUCUGCCAAGAUCUGAUCACAGUGGUACUAGUGUGAAGAUUGAAUUGGAAGGGGAAGAACUAGACAGAAAAUUUUUGAUGAGACUAAUGCAAUAGACAAGCGAAGAAAUAAUGAAGGCCUGAAAUAAUGCAGCAUUGGUAGGGAUGGCAAGGAUAAAAGGGGCUUGAGAAAUUAGUGAGAAUUGACAUGUAAAGAGGGAAUGAUAAGCAAAUUCAAGAUUUUUUUUUUUUAGUUUAGGUGGCUAUAAGGAUGCCAUUUAUUGAGAUGAGGAAACCAAGAGGAUGAUCAAGUUGGGGGUGGAGGACAGGAGAAGCUACUAUGGAGGAAACUGGGCCAGUUUUACGUUUUCAGGACUGUUGUCCUGGCUAAAGGAAUAUCAGGAAAACAAUGACAUUGUGACUGAAACUCUAACAUGUCAAAAGCAGAUCCUUGAAAAUGAAGAAGCCAUUGCUCUUAGCAGGAAAGACAAAGCCAUUCAACAUGUGGAAGUACUUUGUUAUGCUAGUCAGGAUUUGCAUGAAGAUGUUGAAGAAGCUGGUGCACUGCAGAAGAAUCACGCUUAUGUGACAUCUGCAAACUCCACAGAAGCUGCAGAUUCUGCCUGCCUGCCGACAGAAGAUGAGACAUUAAACACUGUGAGCUGUGAAAUGCCCGCAGAACAAACUCCAAGUAGUGAUCCAGAGAGUGCCCUAGAAGUAAAUGAUGCUGAAGCCACAGGGGAGAAAGAGAACUACUGUGAUAAUAAAACUUGUGUGCCAUCAACUUCAGAAGAGGAAACAAGUGAAAAUUUGCCUAUAACAGAAGAUACCACAGAGCAACCAAAGAAAAAUAGGAUUACAUACUCACAAAUUAUUAAAGAAGGCAGGAGAUUUAAUAUUGAUUUGGUAUCAAAGCUGCUGUAUUCUCGAGGAUUGCUAAUUGAUCUUCUAAUCAAAUCUAAUGUCAGUCGAUAUGCAGAGUUUAAAAAUAUUACCAGGAUUCUUGCAUUUCGAGAAGGAAGAGUGGAACAGGUUCCUUGUUCUAGAGCAGAUGUCUUUAACAGCAAACAACUUACUAUGAUAGAAAAACGAAUGCUAAUGAAAUUUCUUACGUUUUGUAUGGAAUUUGAGGAGCAUCCUGAUGAAUAUAAAGCCUAUGAGGAGAUUACAUUUUCUGAAUAUUUAAAAACUCAAAAAUUAACCCCCAACCUCCAAUAUUUUGUCCUGCAUUCGAUUGCAAUGACAUCAGAGACAUCCAGCAGUACCAUAGAUGGUCUCAAAGCUACCAAAAACUUUCUUCACUGUCUUGGGCGGUAUGGAAACACUCCAUUUUUAUUUCCUUUAUAUGGCCUAGGAGAACUCCCCCAGUGUUUCUGCAGGAUGUGUGCUGUGUUUGGUGGAAUCUAUUGUCUUCGCCAUUCAGUACAGUGCCUUGUAGUGGACAAAGAAUCCAGAAGAUGUAAAGCAAUCAUAGAUCAUUGUGGUCAGAGAAUAAUCUCUAAGCAUUUCCUUGUGGAGGACAGUUACUUUUCUGAGAACACAUGCUCACAUGUGCAAUACAGGCAGAUCUCCAGGGCAGUCCUGAUUACAGAUAGAUCUGUACUAAAAACAGAUUCAGAUCAACAGAUUUCCAUUUUGACAGUACCAGCAGAGGAACCAGGAACUUCUGCUGUUCGCAUCAUUGAGUUAUGUUCUUCAACAAUGACAUGCAUGAAAGGCACUUACUUGGUUCAUUUGACUUGUACAUCUUCUAAAACAGCAAGAGAAGAUCUAGAACCAGUUGUGCAGAAAUUGUUUAUUCCAUAUACCGAAAUGGAGACAGAAAAUGAAGAAUUUGAAAAGCCAAGACUUCUGUGGGCUCUUUACUUCAAUAUGAGAGAUUCUUCAGACAUCAGCAGAAACUGUUACAAUGAUUUACCAUCCAACGUUUAUGUCUGCUCUGGCCCAGACUGUGGUUUAGGAAAUGAUAAUGCAGUGAAACAGGCUGAAACAAUUUUCCAGCAAAUCUGCCCCAAUGAAGACUUCUGUCCCCCUCCACCAAACCCUGAAGACAUUGUCCUUGAUGGAGAGAGUUUACAAUCAGAGGCUUCAGAAUCCAGUGCCAUACCAGAGGCUAACUCAGAAACUCCCAAGGAAAGCACAAACUUGGGAAACCCAGAGGAGUCCCCUGAAUAAUGUAUAUACAACAAACUGGAAACCCCACUUUGGAUAUUCCGUCUGGCCUCAGAGUCUUGAUGGAAGGAAUGUUUGAAAAAUAUUAGAAAGCAGCAGCCAGUUGCCAUACAGAACUACAAGGAAAAACAAAAUCAUUGAUAUCCAAAAGGGGAUUUUUGUUAAGGAGGACAUUCCAAGAACACAGAACACUUGUAAAGCACAUUGAUUUGCCUGUUUUACGAUACCAAACCUGUGGGAUUAGCAGAUAAAAAUUUUAAAAGGAUUCCCAGGAAUAGAGCUAUGGAUAUGAAAUUUACCGUAUGCAUUGUUAAUCAUUCUAUUGAAUAACAACAACUUUUGCUUGCCACUUUGGAUAUUUGUUUGACAGCCAUAUCUUCAGAAUCAAUUCACGUAUUUCCUUUGAUUAUUACAAUUAUAUUUUUCUUAAGGAUAUGAACAUCAUGAUAUAAUGAUAAAAGCAUACAUAGAUUCAUCUGAGAUAAUCUUAAGUAUCAUGAUCUAGGCAAGAGCCUAUGCUUAAAACACAGAUUUGUUUUCUAUGUUAAGAAUUAUUGAAAAUGCUAAUUUUGAGGUGUUUAGACAUUUUUUACAAACAUCAAUAGUAUUUUUUAAUAUUAGCAAGUAUUCACAUACUUGUAUGUGAAUUAUUUCCACACUGGGAAAGCUCAAUAAGGAAGAAAUGAAAGAAUGAAGGGAAAGGUUUUCAUAAGCUCAUUGGUAUUUAAAUAUUCUAUCUAGUCAAGUAACUAGAGUACUAACCUAAUUGUCUACAGGCCUAAUUUAGUCCUGGCUAUUCUAUUGCUAUUGUAUUAGGCAAUACAAUCCAAUUGAUGAUAUUAGACAAAUUAUUUAACUUCUGAGCCUCAGUUUCUUCCUAUGUAAAGUGGAAAUAGUAGUAUCCUCUGUACUUUAUGAGAAUUAUUAUAAAGAUAAAUGCAAUACCAUUCUUAGUAUGGUUUUGUAGAAGAAAAAAUUUUUCAGAAUUUUCCCAUUGACUUGGAGAUGAGUAUCAAAAAUCUCAUGCAGCAAAUAAUUGCUGGCUGUCAACUUCUGAACAAAAUAGAUCACAGCAUUUUUAUUGUAUUAAGCUUUUUAAAUGAAAAUUUAUUUCUUAAAUGAGUAUUUUAGUCUUAUGGACCAGUAAACGUAACAAAUGGAAUUGUGCUUUUGAAAUCUUACUAAAGAAAAUAGUCUAUAAAUUCUUCAUAUUCCUUUUCUGGUAGGUAAACUGAAACCACCAAGGACUUAGAAUAGAGUAUGACAGUUGGUAAACCCUAAUAUACACUCCACAUAAAAAUGUUAGGGCUGUACAUAGUCAGUAAAUCUAGUUGCAGUGACAGUGCCUAUAUUUAAAUUUUCUCAAAUGCCAAGCUCUGAUGAUCUACUUUUUCUGAGCAAUAGUUUACACUUAUAGCUGCUUGUAAAUAAAUAAACAAACUUGAAGUUUCUCGUCUCAAAGUCUAGCCAGUAUUGCCUGUUGGGAAGUCAUGGAUAAAGUGGAAAGCUCCAUAGUCCUUACACAUUGCAGCUGCAUCUUUCAGAGAAGAUCUUAAAAGAAACUAGCAGGUCACAGAUUCAUGGAACAUUGAAAGUACCAAGCAAUGUUGCUCUUGCUUCACUUAUCAAAUCCCCGAAGAUAUUGUUGAAUCCAGAAAAUAAGGAAAACUUCCCAGCCUCUCAGGCUGUUCCUCCCUUGUAUCUUUAGUCCUCUUUCCCUUUCUUCCCCUUUUAUAAUGUCACACAAAUCAGGGACAGUAGAAUCUCAUUAUAACCUACUUUGCUACAGGAAUUCAGAUCUUUCUUAAGUCAAAUCAUGUUUCUUGAAACCUGUCAGGGCAUGUACUAAAUGCCUCAUACAUAUCUAUGAGUAUAGCAGGUAUAGUCCUGCCCCUCAAUACCAGCAAUAUUAAAGUUUCCAAUAGAUGAAGGCAUUGAGUCUGAAUACAAUUGUGGUAAAUUGUGUUAAUAAAGAUAUUGUACUUUGUUAUAGUGGUAGAGUUAAGGCCUCUUGAACACAGCAUUCACAUUUAUGUAAUCAGACAAUCAGAGUAGGCCUAGAAUAACAAGAAAAAUUCUGAUGGUCUUACUGCAGCUGUCCAUAUGUAGCACAAUGAAGAAAAUAGUUUGUUGUCUCAUGCUGCAGGCCAUAUUUUACCCUGUUUUAUCCAUCAACCAGCAUCAGAAUCUUCUGAGUUAUUUAUUAAAUACUGUUGAAAUGCUUAAAAGCUCCUGAAUAUGAUUAGUGAUGAUUAAAAUAUUGCACAACUGCUAAAAACCUUGUUAGAGAACUUUAGAUAUUUCCUACUGCCUCAGAAUGUAAUAGAAAUUAUUCUAAGAGCUUUCUCUUCCACUAUCUUAAUUACUACAAAUAAGUGUUUUUGUAGUUUUAAGUGAAAAAAAAAAAGAAAAACCUUUUGAUUGUAAAACCUUAAGCUUGCAGUCAUAUGUUGUACCUAGUGCAAAAUUUUCAGUAGCUAAAUUAAAAUUUUGAAAAUUGCUAUUAUCAAAGAAUUUUGAUUCAUGUAUUUAAAAUGUUUAUACAUGCUUCUUAUUAACCAAAAAUGGUAAUACCACUCAGUUUAAUGAUCAGUAUGAGAACCAAUAACUAAUCCUGUGUUGCUACUGUAUUUUUUAUAAUUGGUGUACCUGCCCAGAAAUAUAUAUAUACUGUAUACAUUUAAGAUCAAUUUAUAUAUUUUUCUAUAGGAAAAUGAAGUUACAAUUUUCUUCAUCUCAAAUAAUAUUUUGUUGUCCAUAGUAAAAUGGCCACAUUAAUGGGUAACUUAUAGAAUUCUCCUAGUUUCUGAGAUUGGCAGCUCUUUGUCUAAAAUAAUGGCCAUAUAAAUGAUUAACUUUUGUCACUGCCGUUGUUCCUUGGAUUGGCAGCCCUUUGCCUAAAGUCCUAAAGACUUCCAAAAAAAAGUGUUGAAAUUUAAUUGCUAAAUAGUAAUGAUCCUUUAAAGUAUGAAUUAGAAUAAUUUUCUUGUGAAUAAGUUAUUUACUGCUGUUGGUAUUGAAUAAUUUGGUUUUUUACUCAAUUUUCUUAUAUGUAUUUCAAAAAGCAUGAAUAUAUGAUUAUUCAUAAUUAGCACACUGUAACAGUUAUCAGAGGAAAUAAAGAUUUUCAAUAUCUUUCA